CUCGCGCAAUCUUCCAAAAUAACGGGUUCAAUAUCGAAUGAAAUUUCGACUGUUAAGUUUCUUUUAGUUAUUUUUGAUUCUUAAUUUUGUGAAGAAGCUGCAAAAAAUAUUACUGAAUAAAGAUUUUGAAUAAAUUUUGUAUUUAAUUUGGACAUUUUCAUUGCAACUUGUAAAUGGAUUGGAACCGAUAGAAUUCUGAUUUGACAUUACUGUAUAUUUUCUGCACGCAAGUGAGUUCUUUUUCUUAAAUUGUGAGGAACGAAAGAAACAAUGCCGAACUCGAAGUAUGAUGAGGUGAUGAAGGCGAAGGGGUACCUUCCAUUCGUUCUAGGAUACUUGACAGAUAAUUUAACUAUACAAGCGGAGAAAGAACUCAAUGAAACAGAAGAAUCCAGGCAACUAUGUUUAGCUGAACUGCGAAAAGUAAUUCAAAAGGAUUCGAAACUUGUGUGUCCGACAGACGACGCAUACCUGCUUCAGUACCUACGAGCGAGGAAAUUCAAUGUCAAGAAAGCGUUUUCUCUGCUGCAGAAUUUCUAUCAAGUUAAAAAAUCGUACCCCGAACUUUUCGACAACUGUGAUCUGGAUGACCUGAGGAAGACGUACAGCUCCGGCGCCAUUUCCACGAUGCCCUACAGAGACCAGGACGGCUGUGCUGUCUAUUUAAUUCAAAUGGGCAAAUGGGAUCCCGAGAUGAUCUCGAUGCAGAGUGGCUUGACGGCAUUGACGUGCUGCAUCCUGAUGUGCAUCGAAGACUGUGCGACGCAGGUGACCGGUGUGCACAUCAUCGUGGACGUGCGGGGCGCGAAUCUCAAACAGUUGAGGUGCCUCACGCCCAGAUACCUCACGCUCUUCUCCAAAGCCCUCAAGAAUUGCUUACCUGUUCGAUUCAAAGGCAUUCAUAUUUAUAACGAAUCAACAGUUUUCCAAUACAUAUGGUCAGUGUUGAAGCUUUUCCUUACAGAGAAAAUAAAGAAAAGGGUACAUUUUCAUGGAGAUAACCAGAAGCAGCUUCACAAAUUCAUUCCCAAAGCUAUCCUGCCUUCAGAAUACGGCGGAGACAAUGCAGCUCACAGCUCCCUCUCGUGGUUUAUGCCAGUAAUCGAAAGCUUUUUCGAACGUUACAACGAAAUCCACACUUACGGUUACAGUGAUUAGUUCCUUUAAUUUCGAGAAUAGAAGAUUGAAGAAAGGGAAACAUAUUUUUAAACUAUCAAGUUGGCUCAUUACGAGGAAGAAAAAAACUUUCUGUGAAGGAAUUCUGUGAUCUGCUGCUAGUUCGUGAGACUCAAAGGACUAUGUUUUACUAUUCCUAGCGCAUGCAUGUGUAUGCAUAUACAGACGAAGACAGUCAACAUGUUCAAAUGUAACUCAAAAGAUGUAUCUGUUGUUAUUUAAGAUAUUCUUAUAUUUAUACUUUUGUGUUAUGUCAUGUUGUGAGAAUACAUUAAAAGUAUAUUUUUGAA